GUGAGCAAUGCAUACUUCAUUCAUUCACUGACAGCGCGUAGACGUCGAGUGUGUUAACGGUAAUUGACAGAAAUCUUGGAUAAUUUCUAGGUUCAUUACUGAAAACAAUCUAAGUAAUUUUUUUGGGGAAAUACAAAUCGUCAUGAGGAUAAGAAAAGUGAGUUCCAAGUCAAUCGAGGCUGAGCCACCGGCGCCAAUAGGGUCCGUGUUCCGAAAGCCAAACCAGUCCAGUGAAAAAAGACCAGCAAAGAAACGCAGAGGAAAUCUUCCGAAAGAAGCUGUAAAGAUCUUGAAAGGUUGGCUGUAUGAGCAUCGCUACAACGCAUACCCAAAUGAUCAAGAAAAAAUGCAACUUGCCCAGAUGGCCAACCUUACCAUCUUGCAAGUCUGCAACUGGUUUAUCAACGCCAGACGGAGAAUUCUUCCUGAAAUGAUUAGAAAAGAAGGUCGUGAUCCUGACAAAUUUACGAUCUCUAGAAAGACUUCUUCGAAAUCUAAGGCACGUAAAGAAUCUGAAAACAGCGAGGAACCAAUGGAGACGGACGAUAUAUCCGAAGCUGACAGUUACGAAUCGUCUGAAAGACGACUCACCGAGAGUGAAACCGAUUCUACAAAAGACAUUGACGACGACGAUACAAAAUCUGAAAUUAUCUCGCAUGUUGAUCGCCCUUACCAUCCAGUAACACCACCUUAUACACCCCCGCAGCAACUGGAAACUGUGCUUCCUCCACGACGAAGAACACCAUCACCGAUCCACCGCCCUCUUCCACAUCGUGAGCUUCAAAGACCUCCAACGUCUUACUUAUGUCACGACUCUCGUGAGCCACCACAUCCAUUCUACCAAUUUUUGCCACAGCCAGCAAGGACAAUGCGUCUGUCAAUGCCUGCCAUUAUGCCACCACAUUAUUAUGGGCUAGUGUAUGGUCAUCCGCAGCGUCAUUGGCGCCUUAGGCACGAGUGCGAGACGCCUUUGAACCUCGUGGUCAGAAAGGACACUGAACAAUCAAAUGUUGACAACAGAAAAGACAUUCGAGAUGAAACGUGUCAUCCUUCAGGAAAAUAUAAUUUGAAUUUACAUCCGCGAGAUAACGAAUAUGCCAAAGAAACGAGAUGCAACAAUGGAAAUGCUUUGAGUAAAUUUGACGUGUUGGUAGAAGCGGCAGUAUCAAGGCGGGAAAGUGAACGGCAGACGACGAAUCGUCAUCGACCGACACAUUAUGAACAUUCCUUUGGAGUUACUGUAAAUGCAUGAUAUGAUUCAUUUUUCUUAAAUAUGGGAUUUUUUAUGAACUCUUAAGAGUUUAUUUGACUCAGAACGAUAUUCAACUCAUGCCACGCAUUGUCAUCGUCUGACAUUUGUGUAUAUGAUAGCGGGGAAAUCGAUUUUGAAAGGGGUUUUUUUUUCUUAAUAAAAUAAAAGUAAAAAAAAUAUGAAAUUUAAAGAUGUAUUAGAUACAUUCCAUUCAAAAAUAAACAUUACACUUAAAUUCUUAAUUUAAAGUAAGGUAAUCUAUUUACUACGCGAACAGUACUUUUUUUGAUAUUCCUUACUUUAUAAGUCCAGGCCUACUUAUUUAAGCUACCGUAUUUUGUAAACCCACCAUCGACACACAAGGGUUCGAACAUUUUUAUCAACUGAAACGAAAAAAAAAAAAAAACUUUAUAGAAACACACAGUACUGUAAUGUAGACAAUUAACAUAAUGGCUUCUAAAAAUGCGAUCGUGCGCAGACGCACUUUUGCUCAUGUACAAUGCGUGCGUACGCACGUGACUUGUCCACAAUUUAAUUAGCGAAACGUACUGUGGUAGGAACUGUAUCUGAACAACUCAACAGUCGAAGAAUACAUAUUAAUUACAACCAAAUAAUUUAUUAUUCACCAAUAAAAGGUGCUUUAAACCCGACAUUACCUUGACUGCUCUAAACCAGUGUUGGCAUUGACACGAGUCAGUGUGGUUUUAUUUUGGCUAUGCGCGCAUGCGUAAUUACGAAUUCCAGUACAUUAAUGAUCAAUGUGUUCCAUUUCCUACAACUCAGAUUAAGAGUUUACAUACGAUGCAAGUUACCAUACCAAACCAAUUUGUAUUUUAUUUUAACGAAUUACAAUUUUUCUAGUGCAUUCCCAUCCAAAUCUUCUUUCUCCAUUUUAUAUGACACGACGUACGUGGCGCUUCUAUAAGCUUCUUUUAUAAGAUUUAGUAAGCUAUUUUGAAGAUUGUUUAUAAUGCUUUGAUAAACCACUUUAUUUCAAAACAGGGCAAACAAUACAGGUUGCUGUGUUUUUUAUAUUUUCGUUUUUUUGUGUAGAUAAUGAAACUAUGGUUCCAUUUGUGUAAAAUCCAAUGACUUUUGUCAAUAAAAUGAUCGUGUUUGCAUUUUGGUAA